AUGGUUCAGAACGUGGUUCUGGUAUUUUUUCGCAGGAGACUCAGCCAGAGGCCGAACGUUGAGGAGUUGGAAAGCCGGAAUAUCCUAAAACGUGAGUUGUAAAACUGCCUUUUUAUUUUAAUUUCUGCCCUUUUUAUGUUUCUUUUCAUUGAGUAAUGUGAAAUUCAUGCGCAGGUCCUAAAUGAAUCUACCAAGGUAGACAAUACAUAAAUGUAUUAUGAUACACACAUUCACUCGUUCAAAAUUCAGGAGAGGGAAAGGAGCACAUUGUCUUCCAACAUACCUUGAGACUUGAUGUUGAGAAAUUCGUUUAGAAAACUGAGCAACAGCACAUAUUAUUUUGGGCAGGCUACAGCCUUGUGUUUCUCUUACAUAAGCAUUUUAAUUUUGAGAUUCAAUGGGAAUUUGGAUCUGACAAGAUUUACACUUGUGUAAAGAAUUAUGUUUAAAAUGUUCAAAUAUACAUAUAUAUCCCCAUGGAUUAGACUUGAUUUGUAAUAUCUGAAGCCUAAUCUGUGUCUCUACAGUCAAACUCAGUGGGACACUGGUAUUGAUUUCAUAAUCAUUCACCAGUAGAUAAGGUUUAGGGUCAAACAGUGACAUCACUGACAUGUGGAUUAGGGGGAAAACUGAUGAAAACCAGUUGAAAACAAGUGACAUGAUGACAUCAUUAUUGGGGAAUGUGUUUGCCAACCUCUCAAGUGUUCUUAUCAGUGUCUUUGUUGUAGUCCUAUCACUAAUUGUAUUAUUCUCCUUGGUUUAAAGAGAGAAAUGACCAGACAGAACAAGAGGAGAGGAGGGAAAUCAAACAGCGGCUCAACAGAAAGGUAUAUUACACUAUUAUUACAGUACUUAGUUACUAAGUAUUAUUAUUAUUUUAUUGUUAUUAUCAAUGUAAUAAUACACUAACCGUAAAGUACACUAUGCAGACAUCCCAUUUCUCCUGACUGAAGUACUUGUUCUGUUUUUGUACUUUAUUUCAUGCUGUACACUAGUUGUAUCGUUCUUUUGGGAUGUGCUCUGGAUAAGAACAUAAUAAGACACCUUGUAUAAGGCUACUAUGGCAAAAUCGUUACUUUUAUGAGAGAAGCAUUAUGAUGCAAAAACCACAGAUGAAUACAGGAAUUUCAGCUAAAUUCAGUCCGUUGUGUAUUUCAGCUCAAUCAGCGGCCCACAGUCGACGAACUACGGGACCGAAAGAUUCUCAUCCGUUUCAGCGACUAUGUUGAGGUGGCCAAAGCUCAGGAUUAUGACAGGAGAGCAGACAAGCCCUGGACCAGGCUUUCGGCAGCCGACAAGGUGUGUGUGUGUGUGUGAGAAUGUCAACCGUGUCAAAAACAAGGAUCCUUCGACUGCAUCUCUUAUAUUUCACAUUCCACACAAAAUUCAUGAUUCCCCACUCAAAUUGCAAAGUGACUGGCACAUACCAUUUUUUGAGCAUUUUGUGAUGUGGGUUACAUUGCCUAUUUAUUGCCCUGGCUGCCAUCUCCAUAGAGCCAGAAUGUCUCACUGUUUUCUAGCUAGCUUCAGCUUUUUCUCUCACAAGACCUUGUCAUUGUCGUCUUUCUGUGCUGAGUUUCGCAGACCGUGGGUUGAUGCGUGCGUGGUCCGCCUCCGCUUAAGGAUGCUCUCUAGUCUAACCCUCAUUUUCUUCCUCUGCAGGCGGCUAUCCGAAAAGAGCUGAACGAGUUCAAAAGCACUGAGAUGGAGGUGCACGCCUCAAGCAAGCACCUUACGAGGUCAGUGUGUGUUGUGUGUUUGCUUCUAUUCUCGGCUGCGGUUCACUCUAUUUUUAGCUCCCCUUACAUGUCUAGAAAAGGUCCACAGAGCUAA